UCCUGAGGAUCCUCCCUUUACCCAGCCUCCUGACAGAUGUCCCUGAGAAGGGGCAUGGGCUGGCAGAGGGCCAGGUCACCAUGAGGGUGCUCCUCUUGCUGCUUGCGCUCUGGGCAGGACUAGCUCCUGUCUGGGGUUCUCAAGGCCGUCCCUCAUGGCUCUACAUCUCCUCUGAGGUGGUCAUUCCCAGGAAGGAGCUGCACCAUGGCAAAGACUUUCCGAUGCCAGGCUGGCUGUCCUACAGUCUGCAUUUUAGGGGUAAGAGACAUGUUAUCCACAUGCGGUGCAAGAAUCUGUUUUGGUCCAGACAUCUGCUGAUGAUGACUCAGGAUGACCAAGGAGCCUUGCAGAUGGACUACCCCUUCAUCCCUCCAGACUGUUACUACCUCGGCUACCUGGAGGAGAUUCCCCUUUCCAUGGUCACCGUGGACACGUGCUAUGGGGGUCUUGAAGGUAUCAUGAAGUUGGAUGACCUUGCCUAUGAAAUCAAACUCAGCAAUUCCCAGAGGUUUGAACACAUUGUUUCUCAGAUAGUGGCAGACACCAAUGCAACAGGACCUACCUAUGAACUGGGACAUAAGGAGGUUAGGGACCCCAUGUUCUCUCAAGCAAAUGCCAGUGCUGUCCCCAGGAUCUCUAGCAGACAAUAUUUAGUGUUGUCUUUCAUAGCAGAGCAAAAAGUGGGAAGAAGUUUUGGUUUGUACUAUGACACUAUAACUUUUACUUGCCAGAGAAGAUCCACAUGCAUUAUGUACAGACCACCUGGUCUGACAGAUUCCUUCAGUAACUGUACCUUUGUACAUUUAAACCAUGUACUGCGUGGUACAACAGCUGACUGCAUAUUCAGAACUGAUAUGAUAUAUCUCAAUAAAAGCCUGACCCAUGAUUGUUGUGGAAACUACAUAGUGGAUCAAGGCGAAGAGUGUGACUGUGGCUCCUUCAAACAGUGUUACAGCAACCCAUGCUGUACGAGUGACUCUACCUUCACCACCGGCAGCAAAUGUAAUACAGGCAGACGCUGUACAAACUGCACCUAUUCUCCUGCUGGGACACUCUGCAGACCAAUCCAAACUAUAUGUGAUCUUCCAGAGUACUGCCAUGGGGGGUCCCUGGCCUGCCCUGAUGAUUUCUAUAUGCAAAAUGGAACCCCAUGCACUGAAGAGGGCUACUGCUAUCAUGGAAAUUGCACUGACCGCACUGUGCACUGCCAAGAAAUCUUUGGUAAAAAUGCUGUGAAAGGUGCAGAUGCCUGCUACGACAUAAAUAAAAGAGGAGAUAGAUAUGGGUACUGCACAAGAGAUGCUCGGAGAAAGAAAGGUAAUGCCUGUGCCCAAGAUGACAUUCAGUGUGGAAGGCUGCAAUGUGGUAAUGUCAUGCAUAUCCCUCCAUUGCAAGAACAUGUGGGAUUCCAUCAGUCUCUGAUCUCAAGGUUUUUGUGUUUUGGGCUGGACUCACAUCGCUCCACAGGAGCAAAUGAUGCUGGUCAUGUGAGACCUGGUACUCCCUGUGCUCCUGGAAAGUUCUGUAGCAACACCUACUGCAAUGGCACUGUGGCUCAGGUGAAUUAUGACUGUUUGCCUGAGAAAUGCAGUUACAAGGGGAUUCGCAACAACAAAAGGAACAGUCAUUGCCACAUAGGUUGGGAUCCUCCACUGUGCAUUAACAGAGGUGCUGGUGGGAGCAUAGACAGUGGAUCCCCUCCUAGUAGAAUGUGGUCAGUCAGGCAAAGUAAUGAAUCGGUGAUAUAUCUGAGAGUGGUCUUUGCUCGCAUUUAUUCCUUAAUAGCUGCAUUUAUCUUUGGCUUUGCCACCAAUGUAAGAACAAUCAAGACUGUUACAGUUAAAGAAAAGAUAGUUGAUGAAGCCAAUCCUGAAAUCAGUCCCCAGUCCCUUGAACAACAAAUAGACAAUCCACAGGAGAAUAACACAGGAGUAACUACACUACCACAGGAGAAACUACAGUAAGGAGGUGGCAAAGCUGAAAUCCACAUUUCCAGGGGUCUGUAGGAGACACAGGGGUCCCUAUGCACAUCACGGGGCUCUCACACCAGUUGUGUCAUAGGUCACUGAGCAGCAUUCUGAAAUAAAACUUAUAAAGUGCACAAUGGUGGUGUCAUUUUUUUUUAUCAGCCUGUAAGAACCCACACUGAGCCAGAGACACUAUCCAGAGUACCUGAGUCAGCCACUGGGACUUGAGCUGAGGUCCCUGGGUGCAGAAUUAAAGAAAGUUGCCACAGGCUCCUGUAGGAGCAAACUCAUGACAUUUCUCUAAAACAGUGCUCAUGAGAUCACUGAGGUUUCUCUCAUUGUGCAGAUAAUCUCUCUUUCUCCAGUCCCAAAGUGGGUUCAGGGCAACUGAGGGUUACUCCCCACCCACGCUGCCUGUCCCACCCUGGGGUAGCUGUGGGUUAUAGGGGAGGGUGACUGGGGAGCAAUCUCCCUUAGUGCAAGCCAUGCCUCCCUGGAGAGCAAAUUUCUGAAUGCAGGAGACUGAGAACAUGAUCCUGAACUUUGCAUUCCAUGAAAUCAGUCAGAAGGGUAUGCAGAAGUGCCCACUGAUGACCUCAGCAUCCAGAGGGAGCCCUUGGAAUGUUCAUCCCUCCCUUCCCUCUUAGUCUGCAUUUCAGGGAGCUCAGCAGUGACAGUAGCUGAGCAAGUGUGGUGAGAAAAUCAACUUGAUGUUCUGAGCUGCUGCCUGGGCAUGGGGCACAGAAUCACAUGCACACUACCCCCCCCAUCACCCUUAGAUAAGAGCUUGCCUGGGAUUCCCACUCAGGUUCUCCCAGACAGCUUUCAUAAUAACCAUACAUAAGCAAACACUGAAUCAUAGAACACUGCACCAAAAACUAUUGAUGUACUGUAUGGUGACUAAAAUAACAUAAUAGAAUUUAAAAAAAUAAUGAUAAUAAAUAAAAAAUAAAAAAUAAUAAAAGAAAAGAAAAAAAAUCAUACAGAGGUGAUCUUGUGAAACAUUAUGGACCACAGCCCCGUUGCUUCUGGGAUGUGUACAUCAUCAAAUCUGGGACUCCACAUCCAUGGUGGGGUGUAGUGAAUCCCCACCUUCAGUUAAAUGGCCAUGUGGGUCUCAUGUCCCCAGAGUGGGAGCUCAGAUGCUGAGGA